GAAGAAAGGGAAUAAAUCAUCCGACGCGAACCCGCCUUUCUUCCCGAUCUCGAUUUUCAUCGCGGAAUGGGGCGAGAUCUGUCGCUCUAGUUUCGUCGCCCGGGGGCGCCUCUUCCGAUUCCGCUCGUGGUUUUUCCUCUAAAUUCGUUCUUCCCUCCCCGUCUUCCUCGAGCUUUUCCAAGGUUCUUGUUUCGAAGCUUUCGCUUUUAUGGCUGCAUUCAAACGCGUGCUUCGACUGGGGAUCAAGCCGGAGAAUUGUCUGAGGAGCUUCCGCGCUUUGACCGCGUACUCGACCUCGAGCUCGCCGUCGUCUGCGCCGAUCCAUAGGUUUGAUCACAGACAGUUUUCUCAGCUCGUGAAGUCGAAUGGGACUCGCGCGUGUCUCGUGGACACGUUGGCCCUGGUUAGGAGCUUAGAAGCACAGGACGUGCCGUCCAAGCAAGCUGAGGCGAUUACAUCUGCGAUUAUUGAAGUUUUGAAUGAUAGUUUGGAGAACGUGGCUCAUUCUUUCGUGUCCAAAGUAGAAAUGCAAAAAACUGAAAUUCUUCAAGAAUCUAACCUUUCAAAGUUCAAAUCUGAAGUACAGAGUUCGCAGGAACAUCAUUUAUCUAUGUUGCAACGUGAGACUGAAAAACUUCGGGGUGAUAUAGAUAAGACGCGUAGUGAAUUGAAGUAUGAGAUAGACAAAGUUACUGCUGGGCAAAGAUUGGAUUUAAAUCUUGAAAGAGGGCGGAUACGUGAUGAACUAGCCAACCAAAAUGCUGAAACCACCAAUCUCACAAACAAACUUGAUCGGGAAAUCCAUGCCUUGAGAGCUCAAUUGGAAGCAGCAAAAUACGACGUGAUUAAAUACUGCAUUGGUACUCUUGUCUCCAUAUCUGCCGUUGGUCUGGCUGUUCUUCGCAUUUUGAUGUAGGGGAUAUAUAACCCGACAAGACUUAAUUUGUGAUUCUUCACACAAAUUUGGAUGCCGAGGAUUUGGAAAGAUCCAAUUUUAGAGGGUCAACAUGUCCAAAAGGCAACUGGUUGGCUGGAACUAUGCUCAUGAUUUUCUUGGGAUUUGUUCAAUGAAUUGCUUUCAAAUUUGUAUUGUAGUUCUCAGCAAAAAGUUGAUCGAUAUUUGCACGUCAUGUUUCUUUGUUAUACUGGCAGUUGAAAGUAUUGUACA